AGUGUGUUAGACUGUAUACAGUAUGUGUCGCUUUACCGUAGUUUCCACUGACACAGACGAUUACGCUAAAGAUUUCGCUUUUUUUGCAGUAUCUGUGUGAAAAUACCAGAAACAACAAAAAGCAAAGGUGCGCCCAGCACUGGAGAAAGCGCAUCAUUAGGAUGGAAGGGAGGAGUUAACAGAACUGUCAAAAAAAAAACCUGAAGCACGUUUUUCUGCCUCCCCCAAAGUAACACUGAAGGCACUGCAGAAGUUUGGGGAAGAUCGCCAGUUUGCGCUCGCUUUGGCCUAUUCAUCUGCAAAUCUGACUUUGUUUGGUACGUUCCUGUGCUUCCACCACCGCGCUCCUGCUAGCCGCCCGGGAUGAAGUGGAACCCCUUCAAGUCCAAAUCGGCGCCCAUGGUGGGCACAGAACCCACCGGCACCGUGACCACGGCCGCUCCGCCUCCUCCAGUGGCGUCCACGGCGGCCGAUAAUUCCACCGAGACCGGGGGGCACCCAAACAAAAACGAUGCCUUUGAGGAGAUUAAGAGCAAGUUCCUGAAUGAGAUUAAUAAAAUCCCACUGCCGCCCUGGGCCCUCAUCGCCAUCGCCGUGGUCGCCUGCCUCCUGGUGCUCACCUGCUGCUUCUGCAUCAUCAAGAAGUGCUGCUGCAAGAAGAAGAAGAAGAAGGGCAAGAAGGACAAAGGCGGCUUCAACAUGAAGAACAUCGGCAAAGGCGAUGAGAAACUUCAGGACGACGACGAUGACGAUGCAGAGACUGGGCUCACCGAGGAGGAGAAGGAACCGGAGGUGAAGGAGGAGGAGAAGCUGGGCAAGCUGCAGUACUCCAUCGACUUCGACUUCCAGGACAACAAGCUGACCGUCGGCAUCCUGCAGUGUGCAGACCUCAUAUCAAUGGACACAGGAGGCACAUCUGACCCCUACGUCAAAGUCUUCUUCUUACCCGACAAAAAGAAGAAGUUUGAUACCAAGGUGCACAAGAAGACACUAAAUCCAGUCUUCAACGAGAGCUUCGUUUUCAAGAUCCCCUACCAGGAGCUGGGGGGAAAGACGCUGGUGAUGUCAGUCUAUGACUUCGACCGCUUCUCCAAGCAUGACAUCAUCGGCGAAGUGAAACUGCCCAUGAACACGGUUGACCUGGGUCAGCCCAUAGAGGAGUGGCGGGAUCUUGAGAGCGUGGAAAAGGAGGAGCCUGAGAAGUUAGGCGACAUCUGCAUUUCUCUGCGCUACGUCCCCACUGCUGGCAAGCUUACUAUCUGCAUUCUGGAGGCCAAAAAUUUGAAGAAAAUGGAUGUGGGUGGACUUUCAGAUCCCUACGUGAAAAUCCACCUCCUUCAGAAUGGUAAGCGUCUUAAGAAGAAGAAGACCACGGUGAAGAAGAAUACGCUCAACCCAUACUAUAACGAGUCCUUCAGCUUCGAGAUCCCGCUGGAGCAGAUGCAGAAAAUCGUGGCGGUGGUUACCGUGCUGGAUUAUGACAAGAUUGGGAAGAACGACGCCAUCGGCAAGGUGUUUGUGGGCAGCAAGGCGAGCGGCACGGAGCUUCGGCAUUGGUCCGACAUGCUGGCCAAUCCACGGCGGCCCAUUGCCCAGUGGCACUCCCUCAAACCCGAGGAAGAGGUGGAUGCCAUAUUAGCCUCUCUGUCGGGCAAGAAGUAACCCCCCCCCCAUACAACCAGUUACCCAACUAACUCAAAACCCCAACGCUGCAUGACAUUCAAGGAUUAACAACCAUGACAUGGUCAAACCCAUAAAAUCAUCUAAAAUACAGAAAAUUUAAAGUAAGAAUGUUCUAUUCUUACAUUUUUUUCAUGUAUUUCAACAAUAUUCAUCAAUAAAAAAAAAAUAACGAAUACGUGGACAGUACAGGAAACAUACAGAGGAUUGGAAGAGGUUGUUUAUACAGGUUCAUCUACUUUUAAGCUUUUUAAUUUGGAGUAAAAUACUUUUAAAUGUAUUUAUUUUUAGUUUACAUGGAGGGGCGGCAUGGUGGUGCAGUGGUCAGCACUGCUGCCUCACACCACUGGGACUAUGUGUUCAAGUUUCCACCAUGGCUCCAUGUGUGUGGAGUUUGCAUGUUCUCCUCAUCUCAUUGUGGGGCUUCAUCAAGGUACUCUGGUUUACCCCCACAGUCCAAAAACCUGCUGAUGUUUAUUGGAAUUGCCAUAUUGUCCAUCCCACUUUGUUCCCUGCCUUGCACCCAUUGCCUCUGGGAUUGUCUCCGGACCCCGAUGACCCUGAAUCGGACCGGCGGUUUCGGAAAAUAUGCGGUUGGAUAGUUUACAUGAUGUCGGCUACUAAAUUAUGAAAUCAGUGGAGGAUAGCUGGUGAUGACAUUGAAGCAUUCAUUUUCUGAAUCAACUUGCCCAAAUUUUGGCAGAAGGGGAGCUGAUUGGGUCUGGUAGAUAUGGAAUUUCAAUCCACCUGCCCUGUUACCUAGAGUGAAAUACACUGUGUGUUUGUAGGUCAGUUCUUGGUUUGGGGGUUGGGAAAACAGAACAGUAAAAUAUGAAUAAUGCAUAUGCACGUUCCAUCAGGGAGUUAUUUAUCUAUUUAUCUGUUUACUUGUUUGUUUGUUCACCAAUUUAGAAUUUGUUUAUUUAUGAAUCCAUGGAUGGAUUUUCCGACGUGACUACAUGCUUCAUAGCUGUAUUUGGAGACGGUUAAAUGAGUGAAUGUCACCCUUUCUACUCAAGUUUUACUCACGUAAGGAAGUUACAAAUAGAAUUUCACCUACACGACGGUCAGCUUUUCUGUGCCUUUAGCAUGAAAAAGUUCAUAAAAAUGCAAAUAUGUUUUGAUUUUCUUUCUUUAAUGAAAGGGAUGUCUGUGAUGUAGAUGUAUAGUGCACUUCGGUUCAUGUAUUUAUUAUUUGUGUGUUACUGAGGAACAAUGUCUUCCAAAUCAAUGGUUGAUUGGACCUCUGUCUUAAGGACUGAACUCUAAGGACCCCACAAAUGAGAUGUUUGUGAGGCGUCUUCUCUACUGCCUGCAAUCUACCACCUUCCAUAUAAAUGCUUCCAGCUCAUCACUUCAUUCAUCAGCCAUGUAGUUUUUAUAUCUGUUUUGAAAACAUGUAAAUGCUAUUCCUGGCUUACCUACUAAGCAAUCUGCAGUAAGAAAAUGGAACGGUACGAAUUCUGAGGAAUAGCUAUAUAAAUGUACUAAUCGGUGCAUUACUGUCUUUUUCAUGCAAACCAAUGUAAGCAUCUUACAUUAGCGAUAAACUGAAAUCCAUAGCUUCAUAAAUAUAUAUUUAAAAUACAUACUUUUUCAUUGAAGAGGUUCUAAAGUAAAUUUAACAUUUAAUGCUCCUAUAAUGUUGAAUUAGAAUGGUUAAAAACAUGGAGAGAGAGAGAGAGAGAGAGAGAGAGAGAGAGAGAGAGAGAGAGAGAGAGAGCAGUUUUAAAAAUCUGAACGUAUAUAGUCAAUGACUUUGAAUCACAGAAUUUUACAUAUGCUUAUUUUAUGUAUAUCAGGGCAUUAAUAGUCUACUUAAAAUGGUGCACUUUAUUUUACAUUGUAUUUUACAAUACCUUCUUAUUUCAUACGUGUCCCGUUCAACAAUGUACAUUGACAGCUGAAGAGACCAGUGUGAAGUUUCUGCUCUUCCCUUCCCAUCAGUUGCCUGUUGUUCUAACAAGUUGUUGUUGGUUCAGCACCAUCACCGGUACCAAUAGGAUUCCAGAUACAAGUGAAAUCCCUGCAGUGGAAACUAGAGGGCGGUGGAGAGCAGCCCACAGCGUAAAUGUAACAGAGCCAAAUAUCUGAAUCCCAGUACGCCACUGUGGAGGUCCCAUGAAAUUAAUCAAUUUGAACCAUCUGUAAUUUUCUACCUGACUGCGCAAAUGAAUCAAACACAUUCUCAAAACAUCAAAAACUUUGCAGUCUACAAUCAAAACUCAGAGUAAAAAAAACAGUUAAUCACAAAUUUAUCUCACUAAAGAAACAUUCCAUGAUUCACUGUCAUUUAGAAGCAUUCAACAGCAUGAUCCCUGUCAUCCCACAAAUGUUUGAUUUUAAAUAUGCCUUUAGAAAUAUUUAGUAAAUUACUGUUAUCUAUGUAUUGUUUUCUUUUUAUCAGCAUUUUUAAAAAUACAUUUGCAAAGAAGACUUCCUCAAAUAGUGUUGAUAAGGUAGCAGAAGCUUGUGUGAACCUACAAUGAAUUUUUUCAGAAUCCGAUUUUCUAGUCAUGCUCAUUUUUAAGCGCAAACAUACAAUAUUAAUAGCCAUGUUUCCAGACGUUCAGCUGUGGUUAAAAGUAAUAAUAAUAAUAAUAAUAAUAAUAAUAAUAAUACAGGCAGCAGGCCCCCGUGAUCCUGACCAGGUUAACAGGUUAGAAGGUGGAUGGACGGACGGACAAUAAUGAAUGAUAAUGAAUAUAACAGAACAGUCGCUUUACACAGGACCAUAGGAAGUGCAGUAAACACUCAGAGAUUUGAAUAUCUGCAACCAAAAAGCCAUCCUUUCAGCAUCAGCGUGUCUCUUAAGUACAAGUACUAAAAUAAACAAAAUAAAGAUAAUAAAGCACUAAACAGCAAAUGGGAACAUUCAUCAAACUCUCCAUCGGUGUGUAGUUUUGCCUCAUUUUUCUCUCUAUAUAUAAAUAUAUACAUAGAUAAAAUUUGUUAAUAUUGCAUGCUUCUAUACAAUACUGUAUAUAGCAGCAUGUUUUAAAGGCAAAGCAAAAAAUAUAUUGUGUAUGUGUAUGUCAUUUCCCAUUUUAAUAAUAAAAUUUGGAAAACGUA